AAGCUGCAAUGCUAUAUGCAACGCGCGGUAUCCCAUAAAACUCUCACAGGACCUCCUUCGCUCGUUGCAGAGUAGAUCAUGGCCUACAGGUCUAUGAAGAACAUCCUCCAGAGCCCUGCUCUUGUCCAGUAUAUACUGGAAGAGAAUUCGUAUCCGAGAGAGCACGAACAGUUGAAGGAACUCAGAGAAGCCACGUUAGAAACGUUAAAGCCAUGGAGCGUGAUGAGCGUACCGGCGGAUCAAGGAUUGUUUCUAUCGAUGCUUCUGAAACUGAUGAACGCGAAGAAAACGAUAGAGAUCGGCGUAUUCACUGGCUAUUCGCUCCUUGCCACUGCGCUAGCACUGCCCGCUGAUGGUCAGAUUACGGCCAUUGAUGUGAACAAAGAAUCAUUCGAGGUUGGCUUGCCAUUUAUGAAAAAGGCGGGAGUUGAUCAUAAGAUCAAUUUUGUAGAAGCACAGGCGUCGGUCUUUCUCAACGACCUCAUCAAUGAUGGAAAAGGAGGAGAAUUUGAUUUUGCAUUUGUGGAUGCUAACAAAGAAGGAUACAUUAUAUAUCACGAAUUUCUCUUGAAACUGGUGAAGGUAGGUGGAGUGAUUGCAUACGACAAUACCCUAUGGUUUGGAUCAGUGGCACAAAACGAAGACGAUGUUGAUGAGAUUUUAAAGGUUAAUAGAAUUCAUUUGCGAGAACUCAAUGCUUUUCUUGUUAAUGACUCGCGCAUUGAGAUAGCUCUCCUCUCUAUUGGAGAUGGUCUCACUCUCUGCAGGCGUAUUCAGUAAGAAUAAUGGAAAGCAUGGCGGAUGAUAACGUCUCUUGCAGAGCUAUGAAAAUUAUAUAUAUUUUAGCUUUUGCUUGUUUUUCUUGUCUAUCAUAAACCUUUGAAAUAAGAGUGUGUGUUUCAUUUUGAAGAACUUAUUUAGUUUUGUAAACCGUUAUGUCUCUUUUAAAUGUGAGAAUUAUGUUAUAUUAGCCUUUUAA